UUAUUCAAUAUUGAAAGAAACACACUCUGAACUUUCUUUACAUGGCUUUCCACAACCUCAAAAUCCAUGAACAGUGCACUGUUGCUCCUCCCUCUGCACCCCAAACAUCCCUCCCUCUCGUAUUCUUCGACCUGUUCUGGCUCAGGUUUCAUCCUGUAGAACGCAUCUUCUUCUAUUCCCUCCCCGUAACCCAUUCAAACCCAUCCAUUUUCUUCACCCAAGUUGUUCCAAAGCUCAAAACUUCACUCUCUCACACCCUCCAACACUUUCCCCCUCUCGCCGGCAACGUCCUGUGGCCCAAUGCUUCUUCCAACCCCGUCGUUCAGUACACCCCAGGCGACGCUGUUUCAGUGGUGCUUGCAGAAUCCGAAGCCGAUUUCGACCACGCGUUGGACAACGCACCCAAAGAAGCAUCAGAGUCACGUUUCUUGGUGCCCCACUUGGAAUCCUCUGAUUCUCAUGCCUCUGUUAUGGCUCUCCAAAUCACUCUGUUCCCUAACAGAGGGUUCGCCAUAGGAAUCACCACUCACCACGCCGUCCUUGACGGAAAAUCUUUAACUCUUUUCAUCAAAGCUUGGGCUUCUCUGUGUAAAACCAUAGCAAUCAGCACUCAUGGUUCCUUUUAG